CAACAAUAAUAAUAAUAACAAAAGUAAAACCAAAAAGUCCGGCUUGGAUGCAACGAAAGGUGACAGUGCCGCUGCUGCUGCUGCUGCAGCAGCAACAACAACUGGCUCAACAGCAACAACCACAGCAGCAACAACAAGAUCAACAACAGCAACUGUUGCCGCUGCUGCAGCUGCAGCUGCAGCAACAGCAGCGGCUGAYGCAGCAAACAGCUUGAACUGAGCUUGCAAACACGAAAAUGUA